CUUCCUUGAAUGAUUUAGAAAAACCUCUGAUAAACCCUAGCUUUUGCAAUUUUCCGGAUAUGUUCCUCCGGAACCUCCAUAUUCACCGUUCUCUCUCUUCUCUUCCGUCUUCCACCGACGCCUCCCUCGCUGACAGAGCUUUAACUUUCCUCAAACAUCAGCCUUACCUGUUGAAUUCCAUCUCUUCCGAUUUCACCCCCCAAGCAGCUUCGUUUUUACUCCUCAGGUUUCAAAACGACCAAGCCCUAACCCUAAAAUUCAUAAAAUGGGCUCAACCCCACCCGUUCUUCACCCCUCGCUGCAGAUGUCUCGCCCUCCACAUCCUCACCAAAUUCAAGCUCUACAAAUCUGCGCAGUCUCUCGCCGAAGACCUCGCCGUCCGUGCACCCGAUCCGAAGGGAAAUUUCGUCUUUCAAUGCCUCAAGGAAACCUACCAUGUUUGUGCUUCAAGCUCCUCUGUUUUCGACUUGGUGAUAAAAUCUUAUGCCCAUUUGAAAUUCAUCGAUAAGGCUCUUAACAUUGUUAAUUUAGCUAAACUCAAUGGUUUCAUGCCUGGGGUUUUAUCUUACAAUGCUAUUUUGGAUGCCGUGAUUAGAUGUAAAAAGCCCGUUAGGUUUGCUGAAGAAGUUUUUGAGGAGAUGAUCAGAAAUGGGAUCUCACCAAAUGUGUUUACUUAUAACAUUUUGAUUCGGGGUUUUUGCACGGCCGGGAAUUUGAGUAUGGGUUUGGGAUUUUUCAAUGAGAUGAAAAGAGAGGGUUGUUUGCCUAAUGUGGUUACUUAUAAUACAUUGAUUGAUGCACACUGUAAGUCGAAUAAGAUUGAUUAUGCAUUUAAGAUGUUUAGGGAAAUGGCAUUGAAAGGUUUGAAGCCGAAUUUGAUUACUUAUAAUGUAAUCAUCAAUGGAUUGUGUAGAGAAGGUAGGAUGGAGGAGACUAACGAGGUACUUCAGGAGAUGAGUUGGAGGGGUUUCGUUCCGGAUGAGGUUACCUAUAAUACGCUUGUAAAUGGACAUUGUAAGGAUGGUAAUUUUCAUCAAGCGCUUGUUUUGCAUGCAGAGAUGGUGGGGAAUGGCUUGACCCCAAAUGUCAUUACAUAUACUUCGUUGAUUAAUAGUAUGUGCAAGGCUGGGAAUAUGAAUAGAGCUAUGGAGUUUUUCGAUCAGAUGCAUGUUAGAGGACUUCGACCAAACGAAAGAACUUAUACUACUUUGAUAAAUGGGUUUUGCCAGCGAGGACUUUUAAACAAAGCUUUUUGGGUACUAAAUGAGAUGGUCAAGAACGGAUUUUCUCCUUCGCUAGUCACUUAUAAUGCUCUUAUUAAUGGGCAUUGUAUGCUAGGAAGGGUAAAAGAGGCUUUAAAAAUGAUAGUAGUUAUGGUAGGUGAAGGGUUAGCUCCAGAUAUUGUAAGUUAUAGUACAAUUAUUUCUGGAUUUUGUAGAUGCAGUGAUUUGGAGAAGGCAUUCCAAAUGAAGCGGGAGAUGAUUGAGAAAGGAAUUAAACCAGAUGCAGUUACAUAUUCAUCACUGAUUCAGGGUCUUUGUGAGCAGAGUAGACUUGCUGAAGCAUGUGAUCUUUUCCAGGAGAUGCUGAGUGCAGGUGUGAGUCCUGAUGAAUUUACGUAUACUGUGUUAAUAUAUGCUUAUUGCAGAGAGGGGGAUAUAAAGAAGGCUUUUAAUUUGCAUGAUGAAAUGGUUCAGAAGGGCUUCCUUCCUGAUGUUGUUACCUAUAGUGUGCUUAUCAAUGGUCUCAAUAAACAAGCUAGGACAAGGGAAGCAAAAAGGCUUUUGCUCAAAUUGUUUUAUGAUGAGUCCGUCCCAAGUGAUGUCACGUAUAAUACGCUGAUAGAGAACUGUGGCAAUAUUGAAUAUAGAAGUGCAGUAGCUCUUAUAAAGGGAUUUUGUAUGAAGGGUUUGAUGAAUGAAGCUGAUCGAGUUUUUGACUCGAUGCUUCAGAGAAACCAUAACCCUGAUGAAGCUGCAUAUAAUGUUAUCAUACACGGUCAUUGUAGAGGUGGAAAUAUUCAGAAAGCAUAUGAUCUGUACAAGGAAAUGAUGAAAUCGGGUUUUCUUCCUCAUACUCUGACUGUUAUUGCACUGAUUAAAGCACUAUUCACGGUUGGCAAGUCUGAUGAGUUAAGUCAUGUCAUAGCAAGCAUACUUCAAAGCUGUAAGGUUACUGAUGCUGAGCUUGCUAAAGUACUUGUUGAAAUAAAUCAUAAAGAAGGGAACAUGGAUGUAGUUUUCAAUGUGCUAACGGAAAUGGCCAAGGACGGCCUCCUUCCAAAAAGUGGCUGAACUGCAUAUAUGCUGGGGAAGGACAGGCACAUUGAACCGCGAAACCUGUGAGCCCUGCUGAAGAGAUCAAGGACAUGCAUGUUUUUUGCCAUUUACAUAGAGGAUAUAAAGGAAGCAGACUGAUUGCAUAGCUUUCCUGGUUUUUGCAAUACAUUAAAAAAAUGAACCA